ACAAACACACAAAAGCCAUAUACGAGACACGGCCAUAGACCAGCCAGGAGCGAGCACUAUGGAACGAGCGAGCAGCGGCAGCGUACACAACGAUGAGCUCAGCCUUGAGCUUACCCUGGCCGCUGUGGCGCCCAUGCCUGGCACACCGGACGGCUUCUUCCUCUGCGUCCACUGUGACCGCAAGUUCCGCAGCUCGCAGGCACUCGGCGGCCACCAGAACGCGCACAAGCAUGAGCGUGCCAUCGCCAAGCGCCGGCGAGAGGCUGCAGCGGCAGCCACCCGCGCACAGGAAUCAAGGUCAAGGAAGGCGGGGAGGCAUGCUGCUACUGCAGAUGGCAAGCAGGGCGGGAGCUCGUCGAAGCGUGGUGACAACGACGAGGUGGACUUGUCUCUCCGGCUAUAAGCGAUCCCUCCAUCGAUCUUCUAAUAUAGGAGGAUUCGUGUUAUUUCCUGCUGGGUAAGUCUGAAUCUAGCUACAUUGGUUGGUUUGGAAAAAAAUGUUUUACCUUCUGUCUCGUAUAGCAACAAUUUGAUCAACCGUUUUCUUUCAAGCUCAU